GCGACGCCCGGCAUUCGACUUAGUCGUCACUCUGACCGGCAAGUACUUACCAUACAGUUUCUCAAUCCGAUCGAGCUUUGCCGACACACGGGAUCCUUGCAGCGUACACAACUCGCGGAAACUUUGUCAAGCUAAUCGCGAUGCCGCCCCGCAACAAGGAGCAAGAGCAGGAGGUGCUCGAGUGGAUCGAGAAAGUACUGGGCGAAAAACUACCACCCGGUAAUUACGAGGACAUCCUUAAGGACGGGGUCGUUCUUUGCCAACUGAUCAAUAAAUUAGCUCCCGGCUCCGUCAAGAAAAUCCAAUCCAAAGGAACCAACUUCCAGCUGAUGGAGAACAUCCAGAGGUUCCAAGCGGCCAUAAAAAAGUACGGCGUUCCGGAAGAGGAGAUCUUCCAAACUGCCGAUCUGUUCGAGAGGCGGAACAUCCCGCAGGUCACCCUCUGCCUGUACUCUUUGGGCAGGAUCACGCAGAAGCAUCCGGAGUACACGGGACCGGCUUUGGGGCCCAAAAUGUCCGAGGAAAACAAGAGAAGCUUCACGGAAGAUCAGCUUCGGGCCAGCGAGGGACAGCUCAAUUUACAAAUGGGCUUCAACAAGGGGGCCAGCCAAUCUGGCCACGGAGGCUUUGGAAACACGAGACACAUGUGAAUACUUCGUCUUUACUUCUAAGCGCCACGCGCCUGUACAUUGUAAUAUUAUUAUUAUUAUUACCAUUAUAUUAUUCUAAUUAUUUUUAUGUCGUACAAUUAGGGACGCAGUUUUAAAUAUACAUACAACAAACACUGCACAUACCAUAGACAACGUGCACGUAAUAUUCGUGUACAUUUAACGCGAUGCUACCUUAUGUUAAUAAUUUUAACGUUGUAUUUAACAAGCUCGAGCGCAUACUAAUAAUAAUGAUAUAACGUCGUUUACUAUUGUCAAUAAAAAAAUUAGAGAAAAAAAAUACCGCGUAACAUUUGUAAACUCGAGUGUACUUAAUUACAUAGUCUUUCCCCAACUGCAGUAUUUCAUGACUGUUAAGUGAGCAUCUCUUGGGGGAAGGAAAUUUUCACAUUUUCCCGCUAUUUUAUAAUAGUGUACGCAUGGUAACGAUGGAUAGACUAUUUCAUGGAAAGUAAAUAUACGAGAAGGCAGAAACAAAACACGCAAGUCAAGUGAUGACUGAAAGACACUUGGACGACAACUGUACAUAACAUGCAUACGUUUGGGACAACUCUUUUGGUUUCCGUUAUAGGAGUAUUACAUACUGGUCUCGUGCCAAAAGUCAACGAUUACGUUGCGCGUUUUAACUGUUCAGGUCAUUAACAUAUGCGUUAUGCGUGUGUUUUCAUCUAAUGAUUUUAGUUAAAAUUGUUUAAAUACCGUGUAUUAAUUGGCUCAAAUUUUACAUCUGUCUUUAUUGUAUCCUGUUCAACAUAAUUGAUUUACAAGAAAAUUGUGUUCGAUGAUCGGUUCAACUCAAAUAAAAGUAGUAAACAUAA